AUGAGUGCGCCUGCAGCAGAUGACGAGGUGGGGGUGACGUCGACCGCAUCCUCUCCUAACGACGUGGCUACGACGCCUUCCAAGCCAGGGCGCGCGAAGAGCGGGGUCGGGAAGGGCAAGCAGGAUCGCGAGGCUAGCGACAAGGAGGAAGCGGAGGGAGCGUCGAGCAGUACCGAGAGCGAGAGCUCCGAUGACGGUGGAUCGAGCGACGGGGGAGGGGAGAAUGAUGGAGAAGAGGAUGAAGGAACCAGCAACGGGACCGCGAACGGAGUAGUAGCCAAAGAGGAAACGAGUAAGAACGAGGACGACGAGGAGGAGGAGGAAGCGGGGAGCGGCGAUGAUGAUGAUGAUGGCGAUGACGGCGAAGACAAGGAGGAGGAGGAAGAAGAAGAAGAAGAGAAGGAACAAAAGCACCGCCGAGCCAAGAAGGACCGUAAGAGGGACGGCGGCAGCAGCAGCAGGAAGAGGAGCAGCAGCGACCGACACCGCCGGGGCAGCAGCGGGAGGGACAGGGACCGAGACCGAGAGCGGGGCUCCAGCAGGAGGGACAGGGAGAGGGAGUCGUCCUCGAGGAGGGACAGGGAGAAGGACAAGGACAAGGACAGGAAGAGCAGCAGGAGGAGGACCAGGUCGAAGUCCAGGUCCCAUUCCUCUUCUCGCCGCCACAGGGACAGGGACAGGGACAGGAAGAGGUCAGGCAGAGACAGCAGUGGCCGCGACAGAGAUCGGGAGAAAGCCGGGUCUCGAGACAGGGAAAGGGAUCGCGAUGGCAGGGGGGGCGGGAAGGACCGAAGGGACCGCGACAGGGACAGGGACGGGGACCGUCAUCGCAGCAGCAAGAAGCGCGAUUCUGAGAGGUCGUCGGGAGACAAAGAUCGUGAUGAUCGGGAUCGUAGAGACAGGGAUCGCAGAGACGGGGAUCGCAGGGACAGAGAUCGCAAAGAGGGUAGCAGGGGAGGAGGGGGAGACGACGCUCGCCGCGGAAGCUCCCGUAGCGACAGGGACAGGCACAAACGUUCGAAGGAGGAGGAAGGGGAGGAUGAAGAGGAGAGGAGUUCGGCCAAGAAAAAGAGUAGGACGGAGAAGGGGGUGGAGCAGAGUGAUAUCUCUAAGGGGGAGAACGGAGGCGUGGCAGCAGCGGAGGUACCCGCGGAAGGCGAUGCAGAAGAAGGGUCGUCGUCGUCAUCGUCAUCAGAGGACGAGGAGGAAGAAAAGGAGGAAGCCGAAGAAGAGGACAACGAAAGCGAAAAGAAGAAGAGCAGCAACAGCACCCGCCGUGAGAAAGAAGGCGGCGGCGGCGGCGGCAGCAGCAGCAGGCGCUCUGGCGACAAGGAGAGGGAAAAGGAAAGCAGCAGCAGGAGGAGGGACAAAGACCGCACCAGCGAUAGAGACAAGGACAAGGACAGGGACAGGGACAGGGAGUCCUCGCGGAGGAGACGCAGCUCCCCAGGCCGGCGCAGGUCCCGCUCCCCGGCGGGACACCGCCGAGAAAGCGGCAGGAGCAGCAGGAGGGAGAGCUCCAGGGACAGGGACAGGGACAGGGAUGGAAGACGCCGCUCGGGCGGAGACAGGGACAGGGACAGAGGAAGGGACCGAGACCGAGAGAGGGAUAGGGACAGCAAGCGGCGACGGUCGUCCAGGGAGCGUUCCAGGAGCCGGUCCCGCGGCGGUGGCAGCGGUGGUCGGAAGAGGCACGAUCGAGACGAGCGGCGGUCGCGAUCCCGAAGCCGCAGCCGUCGCCGUAGAGCGCGCGAGGCCGAAGACGAGGAAGACAGGAAGCAGAGGGAGAAGAAGGAGGCUUCGAAGAAGGCGAAGGCCGAAGUCCCCGCCAUCACUUUAGAGUUCGUCAUCCGCGAGAACCCUGGCAUCAGCAUCCCCGACGCGUUCCAGAAGCUCGAGGUACUCCGGGCCCAGGAAGAGCAGAAGAAGGCGGGGGGUUCCACCGCCGCAGCGGCCGCGGCUUUGGCGGCAGGAGCGCCGACAGCGGCUACGGCAGCGGCGGGCGGCCCUACGGCGGCGGUGGGUGUCGGUGCGGCAGCGGCGGCGGCAAGCGCGGCUGGGGCAGGGGCUGAGUCGGCCAUCGCUUCCAGCGCCAUGGCUCACGUGUCGGCCGCCCUGGCGUACCCGGGAGGAGUGGCGGGCUUGCCAGGUAUGGCAGGCGCUGGAGCCACGGGUGCACUGGCUGCGGCGGCGGCGGCAGCAGCGGCGCCCUCCUCGGCAGCUCUAGCGGCCAACAAGGUCAUGCGGGAGCUGCACGUGGGCGGUCUGCCUCAUGGGGUAUCGGGGGUUCAGCUGCAGGACUUUUUGAACGCAGCCAUGCAAUACCUCAAGAUUGCCACAAGCGCGGGCAAUCCGGUGAUAAGGAUAGCCAUGGGACCAGACGGGACUAACUUCGCCUUCAUCGAGCUUCGCACGGAGGAGGAGACUAACGCCACUUUGGGACGAAUGUCAGGCAUCCAGUGCGGUACGGGUCACCUUAAAUUCGGCCGACCCAAGGCGCAUGCGGCGGGUGCGACUGCCGUGGCACCUAAGAAGGAGGAGAGCAGCGUCCUCAUGGUCAUGAACCUGCCCGAUUCGCUCACGGACGAUCACGUGAGGGAGCUGCUCAGCCCCUUCGGAGAGCUCAAGAAGUUCAACCUUCUCAAGGACUCCUCCGGCAAAUCUAAGGGCACAGCGGUGUUCGAGUACACGGACAUGGAGAACGGUCAGCUGGCUCUCAGCGGGCUGUCCGGUCUACCCGUCGGAAAGGGAAAGCUCAUGGUGCAGAGGGUGCCCGCCAUGAUGGCCGCAACUCUGCUCAAGCCGGUCAAGGUGAAGGAAGUGGAGGAUGAACAGGACAACGUCGAGCCUACCUGUGUCGUCCGCCUCUCCAACAUGGUCGAAGUCGAGGAGCUUGCGGACGAUACCGAGUACGCGGAGAUCAAGGGUGACGUCGUCGAGGAGUGCGAGCAGUACGGCAAGGUCAAGAGCGCCGAGGUCCCUAGGCCCGAGGAUGGCAAGGAAGUGCUUGGCCUGGGUGAGAUCUUCGUGGAGUUCGAGGACGUCGCAGGGGCUACCAAGGGCAGGAACGCUCUGGCGGGGAGGAAGUUCGGCGGGAAGGCCGUCAAGGCCACCUAUUACCCGCUGGAUCUUUUCCAGAUGGGAGUGUUCGGGAAACCAAGCGUAGAAGAAGCACCUGCCGUCACGAAGGAGCCGGAGAAGAAGCAUCCUACGCCGGCUGAGGUGCAACCGGGGGCAGAACAGGGUGGAGCACACGGAUUCGUGAUUGUUGGAGAAGCAGAUGAUGGCCCAGCACCCAUGCCCGUCUCCAACGGUGUCGGCUCCAUUGGGGACGAUGACCUCCCCCCGGACUUCGACGCCAUGCCCGUAGAAGCCUUCGAGACGAAAACGCCAUCCGUCCAAGUGGCAACUAUGGAGGUGGACUGAGCAGUGGUGGUAGCAUAGUGCUUGCUUGGAUUGAGUCUCCGGUUGUGGAUGGCUCGAUGGCGUGGUGUGGGUCGAUCGGCUCGGAUUGAUGAUGCAAGGUAGAGGGAUAGCUAAUAGCCGAUGUUGAUUGUCGUCCGAAAUGAAAGCACCAGCAGAGCAAGCCCAAGUCACGGGAGAGGCACUCCUGCUCGUACGUCUAUUGGAUUGGUUCUUUUGCUGAGAUUUCGAUAUCGGUGAUAUGUGGUAGGCCCAUGAUAUGGUUUGAAUGAUCUACCACAUGGACCGAUUGGUGUGAUAUGGCUGGAAAGUCGUUUCGGCGCCAAGCGUUUCGGGGACAGUCAAUCCUUUGCAUAUGAUCCUUUCAAUAUGGGUUAGGCGGGUUACCGGGUACCAUCACAGUUGAGUUCGACAUGGAGUGUCAUGGUAGGAUUGUCGGCCCAGAUUGUUGGGUCCAUUCAUUCUAUGGUCCGUUCCAAGACCUGACUGUCCUAUCGAUGGUAGGCCGGCUCGGUGGUGUGACUGGUGCCAUGCGAAGGACCUCCAGAUAGUCUUGGUUGAUGUUUGGUUCCUUCGGACGGGUCUGUCCGGUGGUUG